AAACAAAAUUCGCGCAAUGGCGGAAAGCAUGGAAAAAGAGGAUACCUCAAAAAGCAUUGAAGAGGAAGACGAAGGUCUAGCAGAAGAGACAGAAGAUGCAGAAAUGGAAUCCGACAAAUCUGAUUCCAGUGAAUCUGGAGGAGAGAGUGAGGAUGAGGAGGCAAACAAGAAGAGGCUUGAGGAGCUUCAGAAGCAGAUAGAGGAAAAUCCGUACUUUUAUGAUGGACAUACGGAAAUGAUGAAGAUUCUUCGUAACACUGGAGAACUAGAAAAACUGAGGGAAACUAGAGAAAAAAUGAGCCGGUUCUUUCCUCUCACACAAGAACUUUGGUUGGAGUGGCUCAGAGAUGAGAUUCCUUUAGCAACAGAUGAAAGUGAGAGAAAACAUGUAUAUGACCUGUUUGAGAGAGCUGUGAAAGACUAUUUAUCUGUAGAUGUGUGGCUGGAAUAUGUCCAGUUCUGUAUCGGGGGAAUGGGACAGAUUGAUGGAAUUUCCCACAUCAGAGAUGUCUUUGAGCGUGCUUUGUCGUCAGCUGGCAUUCACGUCGCAGCAGGAUCUAGUCUGUGGGAGGCCUACAGGGAAUUUGAAAAUGCUUUGAUGAGUGGUUAUAUGCCACAACCUGGACAAGUAGCCACCCCAGAGCAGGAAGAAAAAUUCAAUGCGCAGCAAGACAGAGUGGUCUCCCUUUUCAAAAGACAGUUAUCUAUCCCCUUGAUGGAUAUGCAGGAGACUAUGGCUGAGUUUAAGGAAUACUUCGAGGAGGAGAUUGAUGAUGGAACUAAAGAUGCUUAUAAUAAAGCCCUUGAAAAACUGGAGAAGUUGACACCGUAUGAAGAAGCUUUGACGGCUGCAGAGUCGCCACGGUUGGAUGCAUAUCUGUCCUACAUUGAUUAUGAGAUGACCCAUGAUGAUCCAGCCCGAAUUCAUAACCUAUUUGAAAGAGCAUUACAAGAAAACUGCUUAAACUCAGAACUGUGGCUGAAGUAUGCUAGAUAUUUGGAUCAUAAAAGACUACAGGUGGAAACCUUGGUCCUUGGGAUGUAUGAAAGAUCAGUCAGAAACUGCCCAUGGUGUUCUCAGUUAUGGCAGCGGUACAUAUUAGCUAUGGAGAGAUUCCACAAACCACAGAAGGAAAUCAAAGAAUUGGUAGACCGGGCGUUACAGUGUGGAUUUAAUUCGGGUGCCGACUACCUGGUUGUGUGGAGUACGUACUGUGACUAUCUGCGACGGAGAAUCAAAUGGGAUCAGGACCAUGAAGAGGACCUGGAAUUAUUCAGAAUAACAAUUGAGAGUGCUGUUGGAUUUUUAUCAUAUUAUGGUGUCGAGGCAGACCCAAAGGGCAGCUUACAACAGUUGUGGGCUGUUAUAGAGGGCAAGUUUUGUAAAAAUAUGACUAGAGCAAGAGAAAUCUGGAAUGACAUCAUGUCGGCAGGAAGAAAUCACGAGGCAACCCUAUGGUUAGAUUAUCUCAAAAUAGAAAGGGCAUAUGGUGAUAACAAACACUGCCGAAAACUUCUUAACCGAGCGCUGAAUGUGGUCACAGAUUGGCCUGAAGGAAUUGUGGAAGCCAUGAUCAACUUCGAAAGAGAGGAAGGAAAUUUAGAACAGUAUGAUGCAGCAGUUACUAAGUGUGAGAUACAUAUGGAUGCAAUCAACAAAGAAAGAAAAGAGGCUGAAAGGGAGGAAAAAAGACAACACAGAAGGCUAGAGAAGAAACAGAAAAGGUUUGAUGUAAAACAGAAAGGAAAGAAAGGAUUUGAGAACAAAGACAGUAAAGAUGAGGACAGAUCUUCACAAAGGGUCAUCGAAAGGAAGCCAGAGACCAAGAAAAGGAAGUCAGAAGAUGAGUCAGGUGAAUUCAAAGUACCAGGAGCGCCAAGCUCAAAGGGACCACCCCCACCUGGUUUCAAGGAGCCUCUCCCUCCAGGAUCUAAGGGACCACCUCCACCUGGAUUUAAAGGACCACCUCCACCUGGAUAUAAAGGGACAGAACCUGCAGCGAAGAAGCAAAAAAUUGAUGAAGAAAAUCCCAACACUGGUGGUAAAGGGGAUGGGCCUAACUCGCAUUCAGAGUUUGUAGAGAAGGCUGAGCAAGAUCCAGAUAAGUCCAAGCGAACAGCCUUUGUCAGCAAUCUGGAUUACUCCAUAGAUGAAGAUAGAAUUGGACAAUUAUUUGCUAAGUGUGGAGAAAUGACGGACAUUCGGCUAGUGAAAAGUAUCAGAGGGAAAUCGAAAGGAUAUGCGUAUGUAGAAUUCAAAGACGAGCUGGGUAUGCUGGAAGCUUUGAAGUUGGACAGAACACCCGUUGAGGGCAGACCAGUUUUUGUCUCCAAAUGUGAAGACAGGAGUCAGAAAAAGGCUCAAUUUAAGUUUUCUACUGAAUUGGAGAAGAACAAAUUGUUUGUGAAGAAUCUUCCAUUUACCUGCUCAAAGGAUGCUCUGUUCCAAAUCUUCAGUGAGCAUGGGCGUGUACGAGAGAUCAGAAUGGUCACAUACAGAAGUGGAGCCCCCAAAGGCUUAGCCUAUGUAGAGUAUGAGGAUGAGCAUGAUGCACAAAAAGCAGUGGUCAAGACAGAUGGUUUGAAGAUUGGUGAACACGAAAUUGAGGUGGCCAUCAGUAACCCUCCACAGAGAGGUACCCCCCUCAGCACCAGGGAGGACACUUCCUUCACACUGGCACUGGGUGGAGGAAAGAAAGAGACCGAAUCGAGAGGAAAGGCUCGUACACAGUUGUCCUUAGUGCCAAGGUCAAUCCAGCGAACACCUGCCAAAAGUGCCAGACCCACAUCUACACCCCCGCCACCCACAGAGACUAAUGGACAGUCAACAGCCAGCACUACAACUACUACCAAAAUGAGCAAUGACGAUUUUAGAAAAAUGCUGCUUAAAAAAUGAUUUCAAUUGUUAGAAUGAAUUGCAGAUAUUAUUUGUUUACUCUGAAUAAAGUACAUAGUACCUUUGGUUUCAUUUGUUCUUGUGAAUGACAUUAAUGCUGAUAAGAAAGAUGAUUGUACUAUAUGAACAUGUCAUGUAAUCUGAUUGGUUAAACAUGAAAUAGAAAAAGGUUUAAUUUUCAUGCUGUUGACUCUAUCAUGGAUAAUACAAAAUUGAAGAUGAUACUAAAGUUGACAUUGCUAGCGUUCUUGGUGAGCACAGCGGUUGGAGGAUCGCUAAGGAGGUGUGUGCACACCGGGAAAACGCACGUGCUCACCGAUGCUUCCCAUUGCAUACGAUGCACGUGCACGGCGAAUGGAUACUUUGAUUGCCUCAGUCUGUGUGAGGACAGAUUUCCAUUUGCGAAAGAUCCAACAUGGAACAUGGCAAGGGUUUUGAGGAGGCGAUAUGACACGCCACCGCCGUUAACUACUACAACGAAAGGUACCACAAACUCGCCACCACCGUUCACCACUAAAGUACCACCACAUCCAGGGACAACUGACGGCCCCACACCGCCCGUAACUGUCACGGUGAACCAUCAUACCAGGUCUCCACCCCCACCAAAAAGUGUGCUUGGGUGAUACUCUGAGGGAUAAAUCGUUGAUAAAUGACAGAUUUCAUAUUUUGUAAACUCAAGUUGUUUUAUAAAGGAAAGAAAAAUGUU